CUCAUCUCAAAAUGCUGAACUGCUCUUUGGACUUCGGCAGGGCUGUAGUAGUUGGAGUCAGUUCUCGGGCCUGAGCCUCGAGGCCAGGUUCCUGGGUGUCGUUAAUGUUCGGGGCCGCCGGGCGCCAACCGAUCGGAGCUUCAGCCGCCGGGAACAGCUGGCAUUUCAGUCGAACCAUGGAGGAACUGGUUCAUGAUCUUGUCUCAGCUUUGGAGGAGAGCUCAGAGCAAGCUCGAGGUGGAUUUACUGAAAUGGGAGAACAUUCUCGAAGUAUAUCAUGCCCUCUGAAACGCCAGGCAAGGAAAAGGAGAGGGAGAAAACGGAGGUCAUAUAAUGUUCAUCACUCAUGGGAGACUGGUCACUGCUUAAGUGAAGGUUCUGAUUCUAGUUUAGAAGAACCAAGCAAGGACUAUAGAGAGAAUCACAAUAAUAAUAAAAAAGAUCAUAGUGACUCUGAUGACCAAAUGUUGGUGGCAAAGCGCAGACCAUCAUCAAACUUAAAUAAUAAUGUUCGAGGGAAAAGACCUCUAUGGCACGAGUCUGAUCUUGCUGUAGACAACCUUGGGAACAGAACUCUACGCAGGAGGAGAAAAGUAAAACGGAUGGCAGUAGAUCUACCACAGGACAUCUCUAAUAAAUGGACAGUGACCCAGUCACUUGAAGGUUGUAGAGAUCAGGACAUGGACAGUGAUAGAGUUUACCAAUACCAAGAGUUUACCAAAAACAAAGUCAAAAAAAGGAAAUUGAAAAUAAGUAGACAGGGACCAAAAAUCCAAGAUGAAGGAGUUGUUUUAGAAAGUGAGGAAAUAAGCCAGACCAAUAAGGACAAAAUGGAUUAUGAAGAGCAAAAAGUCUCAGAUGAGCUCAUGAGUGAAAGUGAUUCCAGCAGUCUCAGCAGCACUGAUGCUGGUUUGUUUACCAAUGAUGAGGGGAGACAAGGUGAUGAUGAGCAGAGUGAUUGGUUCUAUGAAAAGGAAUCAGGUGGAGCGUGUGGUAUCACUGGAGUCGUGCCCUGGUGGGAAAAGGAAGAUCCUACUGAGCUAGACAAAAAUUUACCAGAUCCGGUCUUUGAAAGUAUCUUAACUGGUUCUUUCCCUCUUAUGUCGCAUCAGGGCAGAAGAGGUUUCCAAGCUAGACUCAGUCGCCUCCAUGGAAUACCUUCAAAGAAUAUUAAAAAAUCUGGAGGGACCCCAACUCCAAUGGCUACAAACUGGACCAGUGAGAUUCCCCUAUAAACCAAAUCUUCUAAUGCUAAUAAAUUAGUUACGUUUUGAACAUCUGGGGAAUGAAUUCGAGGGAACCUGGCUCCUGUCCUCUUCCCUGGAGGAAUAUCAUUGAAGUGAGAGCCUCUUUGAUGAAAAGAUGGGGCUGUUUUUGCUGGAGGACUGGUAUUCUUCCUUUUUAGUCAGAAGUGAAACUGAUUGGGGAGGCUUUCUAGGGAUAUAGGUCAGCCCUGGGUGUGUAGAAACUACUGUAAAUUUUAUAUUUUUUUCUUUUAUGAUUUUUUACAUUUAAUCAGUUUUCUGUAUUAUUUGCUUUGCCAAAAUGCUGCCAAAAAUUAGAAAAUUAAAAACUCUCAGAUCUAACCUAAACAUUCCUUAAUAUUUAUAUUGUGUUUGGUUAAGAAUUAAUUUUUACCUAUUUGACUAUUGUAAAUAAAAAACAUGAUGCAUUGACAUUUAUGGUUCAUAUUUUAAAGGAGUCUUAUAACCAGCAUUAUUUAAAAUGUUUGCAUUUUACUCAGGGUAUUUUAUCAAGGGCUAAGAUGAGUAGUAGGUAAGGUUAACAAUCUUCGAUAGAGUUUGUAUUUUGUUCAGUUUGCUUUCUUCUUGGAAAAUCUGCUCUGUAUUGCAAACCCAUUGUACUUUACUGGUAGAGUUUUCACUGUACGAAGAAAGUUAUCCUAGUUCUAAACUAGCUAUAGUGAUAACUAGUCUACUCUAGCAGAAUCAUUUGUUAUUGCUUUUUAACUUUUAAAUUAUCUGCUUGUCUGAUACCUUAAACCAAUCAAAAUUAUGAUUUUAGCUUAGAGCUUAAUAAAAUCAUGUGAAAGAUGAUAUUUUAGCAAAUACUGUAUGACUCUGAAUCAUAUUGUCGUGUUUAAAAGUGAACGCUAAUUGCAUAGCUUUAGAAUGGCAGACCAUUUUUGUCACCGUGAGUAUCUGAAAUACUUGCAUGAGCUGAUUUUCGGCAGUCUGGGUGGGGGAAUGUAACCUUUCUAUUGAUGGUAUCAUUUGGACACUAAACUAUGUUCAGGUCAUAUGAGUUUUUCAAAAUGGUCACUUUAAGAUGGUUAACAUUUUUAUUAAGUUCCAAAAUUGAUGAAAACAGAAUGAUUUAACAUAUGUAUUUUUAUAUUAUUGUAUGGAUUGUUAAUUCAGCAUUUAAUGGCCAAAUUAGAUAUUAUGAUUGGAAAAGAAACUUAAAGUUGACAUUGCCUUUACCUAAAGUUAUUACAAUCUGAAAGAUUUCAGCAAAUGUAUUAAGUGGGAAUGUGUAACAGCUCUUUUAGAUUGCAUGUCUAGAUUGCAGAGAUUAAAAAUCAUGAAGUGUAACUUUGCAUCUCUUUACCUUAGCAUAUUUUAAUUGAUAUUUUAAAGAUACAAUAACGUGGUGUUUGGUAAUUGUCAGUUUUUGUGUGCUAUGUCUUUUGGAGUGGAAAUUGAUGUUUUUAUUUGACUGAAUUACAUAAAUACUUUUAUUUUAUUUUGUAUAAUAAUUGUCUUUUAGUUCUGAAUAAGUCACUUUAAAACCUUGGCCUAUGAACUUUGCCUUACCAAUCAUGAAUCUAGAUGAAUGCUUUCUAGUUCUUGGUUCAGUUUUACCUAUUUUUGUUUUUGGUUCACUGCUUGCUUGAGCAUAGCUGGGAUUUGUAGCCCAUUUUCUAGGCUUAUUGCAAUCUCACUGUGGUAUUUUAUAGAAGCUAUUACAAGUGAUAGGCUAGCUUCAUGGUAUUGAUGAUACAUGGCUUAACUAUACUAAAAGCUGCCUUCCCUCUCUAAAUUGUAAAAAGGUGAUUAAGUUUCAGUCGGUGGAGAUAUACCAUAUAUAUGUGUUUAUCAUGGAACUAGUGCAUUAGGCCAUAAACUGUUUUCCUGGUCUAUGUGUUUUGUAUUCAAAAUUUUGCUGAAGACAAUGGGCUCCUUCAUUUUUUUUUUUUCUUUCAAUCCGGAAUUGUCCUUGACUGGAUUUUUAAUUACUGUAAAUUUAUUCUCAAUAAAAUAUCUGACUUGGACAAGAAAGGUUAAGAGUUCAAAUUUGUGCUGAUAUUUUUCUAAUUUUCUAUGCUAAGUUUUUUUGUUGUUGCUCAUACCGUGCAUAUUACAUAUAAAAAUCUAGUCUUAAAAAUGAUAAUCACAUAGAAAAGUCAUCUUUAAAUAGCACCUGUGACAACUAUUAAUAAGAAAUGAAAUUUAAUUAUUUUAGACUUUCACGCUGGAAAACAAGAUUGCUUUUUAAGAGAGAUUAAUUUUCUGAGCAGAGUCAGGCACAUUUAACCGCAACCCAUUAAACAGAAUGGUAACAAAGUGUUUUUUUUAUUUCCUUAAGCAAAUGAGUGAUGACUACACAAAUAUAAUGAUGCAGUAUCUUUGAAGGGAAUGACAGGAGACCCUUUUACUAUAAUAUUAAUGUAAACAUUUUUUUGGGAAAAAUACUCAAUUGAAUUAUUUAACUGUGUAGAGACACAGUGUGGUUAGUAUAGAAAAAUUACAGGUUUCAAAGGAAGACUGUUAUGUACCUACACUCUCUCUCUCUCUUCUACUGAUAAUUCCAUUUCUGAACCUCGUUUCCCCUUCUGUUAAAUAGACAACACUUUCUUGGCAGAAGUGUUGUCUGGAUUAAAUGAGUUUAUGUGUACAUAAUGGUACCAGCACCUUCUCUGGCAUGUAGUAGAUAAUAAAUAAAUAUAGUUACUUUUAUAAUUAGAUUUAUUAAACACAGUAGCUCAUGAUUUAGAGAACUUUUCUAACAUGGGUCAAAGUGCAGAAUUUUGGACCUUAAAACUUUCCUGUUCAUAUUUUAUGUAUAAUUUGGCUUUAUAUUUAAUAUUUAAAGCACUUUGUAUUGCAGCUUUUUACAUUUCUUUUAUACCUCAUUCAUAUUUGAGACAGCCCCUGUCUUUAAUAUGGUCUGUGAAGAAUAGUUUUCAGUGACUUUUAGGUUGACAGCCAUUGUACUCAAUCUCACAACUUAAUUACAAACUGAAAAACUGCUCUAAACUCUUCUCCUCUCUCUCCUCAAACCAUUAAGGUUUUCAUAUUGUUAAGAAGGACCCAUAUUGUUGUGAAGGUUUGGAUCCAGAUUUAUCUGAUUUUUAAAAAUAAAUUUGUCCAUGUUUA